UUUAAGAUAUUAGACCUGGAAAACUUAUUUGCUGACAUGAUUUCCUGCAGCAGAAAGCUUUAUUCGAGGAAGAUCUUACAAUACCAGAUUGGAUGACCAAGUUCUGCUUAGAUUUUCACCAAAGAGCUCUGACGACUCAUCUUAUUACUUCAGUGAUAUGAUAGGCGGUUCUCUUACUAUCUUCAAUGAAGAAGGGUCAAGGAGAUGCCUUGAGCUUUCAAUAACACUGGAAAUGUCUGAGACUAUAAAUUGUCGUUUUGUCCACCCUUCUAGGAGACAUUCCCCAACAAUUACGAAGGUUCAAAGUGAUCACCACGAGGUUGUUGCUGAUUUGCUGCAGACAAGCUUUCUCUUUUCCAUUCCCAUGGAUGGGCCAAUGUCUUUUUCCACUCCCCGUAUCUCUGUGCAGUGGGGUCUUCGUUUUGAGUUCUUCACCACUCCAAAAAAUGUGGAUUGGCAGGCAGUUGAAGUAAUUAUAACGUUGGGAACAUGUGAGAUCAUGGAGAAGCAACCGCCUCGUAGUGGAGCAAGAAUAGGAAACAUGGAGGAGUAG